AAAAAACAGUUUUUCAGUCCAAAAGGGCACUAACCACAUUGGCCUUUUCCCACUUUUGCUUCUGUGCUACCUUAGCAAUUGUCUAUGUCUUCUGCUUCUUCUGCUCCCUUUUCUUUCAACUCCAAAAUGGGAGUGGAAAUGGAAUCAUACUUUGAAUUUCUUGUUAUUAUUUGAUACCCCCCUUACCCCCCAUUCACCCCUUUUCUUUCUUUUAUCCUCUUUCCUUCCAAAAACCUGACUUUCUUGUUCUUUUCUGUUGAGUUUCUUUUCCUGUUCUUGCUUUAAAGACAACCCCUUUUCAAAAUAUUAGCAUUUCUUGAGUAUGAUUUGACUUCAUUUCCUAAUUUUCUAUUCAGCUUUGUGGCAAACACUUGAUUGCCCUCUUACUCAACUUUCUUGAAUUUGCCUUUUUUCUUGUUUUUGUGUCCUGUUGUUGUGGUUUGUGGGUUGUGUAAUACUAAACUGAGAAAACAAGAAAAACCCAAAACAAAAAAGAACCAAUUUUUUUGUUUGGGGUGUUUUGUUUUUUUCAUAUGGAAAUUGAUCUGAAUCAUGCAUUAGUGAGUGAAGUGGAGAAGAAUGUAUGUUGUAAUGAAGAAUGUGAUAAAGGGGGUGGUGGGGGUUGUGUUAAUUGCUCUUUGUACACUUCCACUACUUCUUCUUGUUCUUCAAAUGUAUCUUCAUCUUCUUCACUUGCUCUUACUUCAAUUUACAAGGAGCUUUGGCAUGCUUGUGCUGGUCCUCUUACUAGUUUACCCAAGAAAGGAAAUGUAGUGGUUUAUUUCCCUCAAGGUCAUAUGGAAGAAGCUGUUUCUGCUUUUCCAUUUUCACCUAUCAAGAUUGAUUUCCCAACUUUUGGUCUUCAGCCUCAGAUCUUCUGUAGAGUGGAAGAUGUCCAGUUGCUUGCAAAUAAGGAAAAUGAUGAGGUGUAUACACAGCUCACUCUUCUACCUCUUCCAGAGUCAAUGGCUAUAAGCUUAGAGGGGAAAGAACAUGAAGAUUCGGGGACUGAUGAGGAAGGGAAUGGAGUUAAUCCAGGGAAAUCAGCUUCUCACAUGUUCUGUAAAACGCUGACUGCUUCGGAUACCAGCACCCAUGGUGGCUUUUCAGUUCCCCGUCGAGCAGCUGAAGACUGUUUCCCCCCUCUGGAUUACAAAGAGCAAAGACCCUCUCAGGAGCUGAUUGCUAAGGAUCUGCACGGAGUAGAGUGGAAAUUUCGUCACAUUUAUAGAGGCCAGCCAAGGCGACAUUUGCUCACUACUGGAUGGAGUAUCUUUGUCAGCCAAAAGAAUCUUGUCUCAGGGGAUGCAGUUCUCUUCUUGAGGGGAGAAGGUGGAGAUCUCAGACUGGGAAUAAGAAGAGCUGCAAGACCUAGAAAUGGACUUCCUGAAUCGAUAAUCAAAAGUCAAUACUCUGGACCGGAUGUUCUUUCGUCAGUUGCUACCGCCCUAUCAGCAAAGAGCACUUUCCAUGUUUUCUAUAGCCCAAGGGCAAGUCAUGCUACUUUCGUUGUACCUUACCAAAAGUACGUGAAAGCCAUCAACACUCGGAUUCCUGUUGGGACAAGAUUUAAAAUGAAAUUUGAUUUGGAUGAUUCACCUGAAAGAAGGUACAGCGGUGUAGUGACUGGGAUAAGCGAUAUGGAUCCCUUUAGAUGGCCCAAUUCUAAAUGGAGAUGCUUGAUGGUCAGAUGGGAUGAAGAUAUAAUGAGUAAUCAUCAGGAACGGGUUUCUCCUUGGGAAAUUGAUUCUUCAGUUUCCUUACCACCACUGAGCAUUCAGUCCUCACCAAGACUGAAGAAACUGCGGACUAGUCAGCAGGCACCAUCAGUGCUGGACAGCCAUUUUGCUGGAGGGAGUGCUCUUUUAGACUUUGAGGAGUCAAUAAGAUCCUCCAAGGUCUUGCAAGGUCAAGAAAAUUUAGGUCUGAUAUCACCUCCCUAUGGUUGUGAUAAACCAGUCCGCCCACUGGAUUUCGAGCUGCAAAGAGUAGCUCGUCACAAUCUCAUGCCAAAUGGUGUAGAGAACAUAAUUGUUGGUGACUUUGUGAAAACUCAGCCUCCAACUACCUACACAGGCUUUCUGGAAUCCAAUAGGUUUCCAAAGGUCUUGCAAGGUCAAGAAAUUUGCUCGUUAAGAUCCCUUACUGGAAAAGGUGAUGUUAAUUUUGGUGCUUGGGGAAAACCUGAAUUUGGUUGCAAUGUUUUCGGCACAUAUCAGAGGCCGAGAGCCAAUUUCUAUCCUCUCGCUUCUGAAGGGGCAAGGAAUGUGUUUUUACCUUACAAUGCGAUGUAUAGAGCUGGACAAGAUCCCGUGGUUCCCUCCUACAUAACUACUUUCCAAAGAGAAAAUCCUACCUUGAACCAGAAUUCAAUCCAAAAUGUGGUUAGGAGGGAAGAAGUUGGAAUGCCGAAGUUUGUAAAUGAGCAGAGGCCACCGGAGAUGUCUAAAGUAUCCAUUCCAGAGAAUCAUUUCAAGAAUGAAAAUGACGGCUCCUUCAAUGCACAGGCUUCAUGUAAACUGUUUGGCUUUUCCUUGACGAAAGAACCAUCUACUCCUAGCUCGCAGAGUUCUGGUAAGAGGAGCUGUACAAAGGUUCACAAACAAGGCAGCUUGGUUGGACGAGCCAUUGAUCUCUCGAGAUUGAAUGGCUAUGACGACUUACUGGUUGAGUUGGAGAGGCUUUUCAACAUGGAAGACCUCCUAAGAGAUCCCAACAAGGGGUGGCGAAUCUUGUACACCGACAGUGAGAAUGACAUGAUGGUUGUCGGAGAUGAUCCAUGGCAUGAGUUCUGUGAGGUAGUAUCCAAGAUCCAUAUAUACACUCAAGAAGAAGUGGAGAAAAUGACUAUUGAGGGGAUCAGUGAUGACACUCAAAGUUGUUUGGAGGAGGCACCAGCAAUCAUGGAUGUCUCAAAGUCUUCUUCAGUUGGCCAGCCUGAUUCUUCUCCAACUGUAAUCAGGAUUUGAAUAAAGUUGAAUGGAGUACCUAUGAAUGUUCAUGCUUUUUUAUGUUAUGUUAAGUGAUAUAUGUGAUGAUAAUACUACUCUACCUACUACAUGUUCUUGUUAUGUUUAAUAAAUUAUUAUCACUUAAUAUGUUUUGUUAAAUGUUGGAAGUCUGUUUUCAACUACAAUGGGAGCUUGUAUGAUGAAAACUGUGGUGACUCAUAUGCCAAUA